GAUGCGGUCAGUUCUCCCUCUUGUGGAAGCCCACGGCUGCACCUCCAUGGCACAAGAAGGCAAAUGUUCCUUCUCUCAAGGCGCAGAACUCAAGUGGGGUGACAAGAGAAUUCAGCAAAGCAUGAGAUAUCAGAAAACUGACAGAGGAAUGCACACUGUCCAGAUGGAAACUUCAGCCCAGAACAUCUCGCCUGGUCCAUGUUCUUCUCAUACACUCCGGGCUCAGAUACAGUCUAACCUUAAAGAUGUCCUGGAACAUCAUAUCCUUCUAGGGCUCUGUGCUCCACAACCAGCUCUGUCUUGGUCAGGUUCUCACCGAGUGAACUCGGGGAAGGAUUUGCUGUACAGCCGCACCAGUGUGUCGCUAUCUGACCAAACCCAGAACUGCGCGUUGGUUUUGGCGCUUAGGAACACCAGCAGUGCUCAACGCAGCCACUACUCCCUGCUCACUGAGUGGAAAAUGGGAAACUGGAGUGUUGAGUUUGGAGGAAAUGUGCAUUCCGCAAGCAGGAACUCUGUACUGCAGGUCCAGGCGAAAUUUGACCACAGCGAACACAUCUGGCUGCAGACCACGCUGGGAAAGCGCUGUUUACAAGCUGCUGCUGGAUAUGCCGGUGAUUCUUCGGAUGACCUCCGGAUGACCCUCUGCUUGGAAGGAAACCACUGGAUGACCUUUAAGUCCCAAAGAGGAGGCAGCGGCAUCGAGAACGAGACGUUAGCACUAAUCUCAAUGGGAGCGGUAGAUCGCGGCCUGGUCUUUCGCGCCAAAGGAUGUGAGGCGUGCUUAGCUGCGACAGAGGCCCGGCUGCAGCAGUUAAUCAUGCACAUUAAGAAGAGACUGCUGCAGAGAGUUCAAAGGCUGCACCAUCUUCUUCUGGACUUCAGGAGACAGACCGCAGACAGGGUAGAACCAGAACUAAACCAUAUACCCAUGAAGUCAUCCCGUAGCUGUCCGAACAACUGA